CUGACCUCUCCUCCUCAGCUCCACGCCAAUUAAACCCUACUACUCCUGCUACCAGCACUCCUCCUCUCGCCCCCCUCGCGUUAUCUCCGCCCCCCUCGCGCAGCCCACGUACAAAACCAAACAAAAAAGCGCCGAGCAACGCAGCGCCGCAGAUAGAAUCGUUGCGUGCGUCCACCGCUCUCGCGGCGGCCAUGGAGGCCACGGCGCCCGACUACUACGCCCGCGACAAGAAGGGCUCCGACCUCUUCGUCGUCGACGACCUCCUCGCGCUGCCGUGCGACGACGAGGAGGAGGAGGAGGAAGGGGUGGGCGACGCGCCGUUCCUGCCGGCCAACGCCGCCUCCGCCGCCGCAGUCGUCGUCAAGCAGGAGGCCGGGUUCGGGAACGCGUCGGCCGACUCGUCCACCGUCACGGCCCUCGACAGCUGCAGCAACUCCUUCUCCGGUCUCGCCGACGGCGACUUCUCCGGCGGCCUCUGCGAGCCGUACGAUCAGCUGGCGGAGCUGGAAUGGCUGUCCAACUACAUGGGCGAGGGCGAGGAGAGCUUCGCCACGGAGGACCUACACAAGCUGCAGCUCAUCUCUGGCAUCCCCUCCGGCGGCUUCCCCUCGGCGAACGGGCCGCCUGCUCCGGCGGCCACCGCUGCCACGGCGCAGCCCGGCGUGUUCCUGCCGGAGGGCCCCGUCCCCGCCAAGGCCCGUAGCAAGCGCUCCCGCGUUGCGCCGGGCAACUGGUCGUCCCGCCUGCUCGUUCUCCCGCCGGCCCCGGCCUCCCCGCCGUCCCCGGCGUCCAUGGCCAUCUCGCCGGCGGAGUCUGGCGUCUCAGCCCAGGCGUUCCAUGUCAAGAAGCCUUCCAAGCCGGCCAAGAAGAAGGAGGUGCCGCCGCAGGCGCAGGCACAGGCUCAGACUCAGUCGGUGAGCGCGCCCACAGCGCCUUCGGGCGUCACGGCGGCGGCCAACGAAGGUCGGCGGUGCCUGCACUGCGAGACGGACAAGACGCCGCAGUGGAGGACGGGGCCCAUGGGCCCCAAGACGCUGUGCAACGCGUGCGGGGUGCGCUACAAGUCGGGGCGGCUGGUGCCGGAGUACCGCCCGGCCGCGAGCCCGACGUUCGUGACGUCGAGGCACUCCAACUCCCACCGCAAGGUGCUCGAGCUCCGCCGCCAGAGGGAGAUGCACCACCACCACCAGCCGUCGCAGCUCCAGCAGCACGCGGUCGCCGGCGGCGUCGGGAGGAUAAUGCACAUGGAGAGCCACCUGCUGUUCGAUGGGCCGGCGGCGCCGCCCAUCCUCGGCGGCGGCGACGACUUCUUGAUCCACCACCGCCUAGGGACGGCAGACUACCGGCAGCAGCUCAUCUAGACGAGUCGUCAGUAUGUUAGAACUGAUCAGUUUAGCCCAGAAAUAAUAAUUAAAAGCAGCUAAAACCCCAAGAGCCGGAAAUAUCGGAAGAACUGCAAAUGUUUGCUUAUUAGGAGUUAUAUUUUCCCAGUUUUCUCUCUGCUUCCGUUUGGUUAGCCCGUGUGCUUUUUGUUGAGCUCGAAAUUUUCGUGUCCAUUUAGUUCAUGAUCCUCCCCAGUUUCCCGCUUGAUUAGUUCACUCCUAAUUACCCCUCAGAAACUAAUUCUAGGGCGUUGAGUCCUUUUAUUUCUUAGCAUUUUGUAAUACAAAUACUUUUCGUUU